AACGCCGUGGCGUCACGCGUCGACGCCGGGGACGUACCUGUCGGACUCCUGACUCCUGCAGCUUCUCUUCCCUUUCUGCGGGUCAGGGCCGGUGCGGUCCGGAACCUGCAGCCCUUUUCCCAGUGUCCUAGUUCGCCCGCGGCCCGGAAUAAUGAGUGAGGAGGGUGUGGUGGGUUGAAAGCCAUCCUACUUUACUCCCGAGUUAGAGCAUGGAUUCAGUUUUAGUCUUAAGGGGAAGUGAGGUUGGAGAUUUUUAUUUUUAAUUGUGGGCAGAAGCAGGUUGACUCCAGGGACCUCCAAAGCGAGAGGGUUUAACUUCAUGUUGCUCCCGUGUUUGAAGGAGGACAAUAAAAGUCCCACCUGGCAAAAUUUCCGUAACCUCUGCAGUAGAAAACGUCAGGUAUCUUUUAAAUCGCGAUAGUUUUCGUUGUGUCAGGCUAUCUCCAGGUGGAGCUCCCAGGGUAGCUAGGUUUUAGGUUUGAAACAGAUGCAGAAUCCAAAGGCAGCGCAGAAAACAGCCACCGAUUUUGCUAUGUCUCUGAGCUGCGAGAUAAUCAGACAGCUAAAUGGAGUCUGAGCAGCUGUUCCAUAGAGGCUACUAUAGAAACAGCUACAACAGUAUAACAAGCGCAAGUAGUGAUGAGGAACUUUUAGAUGGAGCAGGUGUUAUUAUGGACUUUCAAACAUCUGAAGAUGACAAUUUAUUAGAUGGUGACACCGCCGUUGGAACUCAUUAUACAAUGACAAAUGGAGGCAGCAUUAACAGUUCUACGCAUUUACUGGAUCUUUUGGAUGAACCAAUUCCAGGUGUUGGUACAUAUGAUGAUUUCCAUACUAUUGAUUGGGUGCGAGAAAAAUGUAAAGACAGAGAAAGGCACAGACGGAUCAACAGCAAAAAGAAAGAAUCAGCAUGGGAAAUGACAAAAAGUUUGUAUGAUGCGUGGUCAGGAUGGCUAGUAGUAACACUAACAGGAUUGGCAUCAGGGGCGUUGGCCGGAUUAAUAGACAUUGCUGCCGAUUGGAUGACUGACCUAAAGGAGGGCAUUUGCCUUAGUGCGUUGUGGUACAACCACGAGCAGUGCUGCUGGGGAUCUAAUGAAACAACAUUUGAAGAGAGGGAUAAAUGUCCGCAGUGGAAAACGUGGGCAGAAUUAAUCAUCGGUCAAGCAGAGGGUCCUGGUUCUUAUAUCAUGAACUACAUAAUGUAUAUCUUCUGGGCCUUGAGUUUUGCCUUUCUUGCAGUUUCCCUGGUAAAGGUAUUUGCUCCAUAUGCCUGUGGCUCUGGAAUUCCAGAGAUUAAAACUAUUUUGAGUGGAUUCAUCAUCAGAGGUUACUUGGGAAAAUGGACUUUAAUGAUUAAAACCAUCACAUUAGUCCUGGCUGUGGCAUCAGGUUUGAGUUUAGGAAAAGAAGGGCCCCUGGUACAUGUUGCCUGUUGCUGCGGAAAUAUCUUUUCCUACCUCUUUCCAAAGUAUAGCACAAAUGAAGCUAAAAAAAGGGAGGUGCUAUCAGCUGCCUCAGCUGCAGGGGUUUCUGUAGCUUUUGGUGCACCAAUUGGAGGAGUUCUUUUCAGCCUGGAGGAGGUUAGCUAUUAUUUUCCUCUGAAGACAUUAUGGAGAUCAUUUUUUGCUGCUUUAGUGGCUGCGUUUGUUUUGAGAUCCAUCAAUCCAUUUGGUAACAGCCGUCUGGUCCUUUUUUAUGUGGAGUAUCAUACACCAUGGUACCUUUUUGAACUGUUUCCUUUUAUUCUCCUAGGGGUAUUUGGAGGGCUUUGGGGAGCCUUUUUCAUUAGGGCAAAUAUUGCCUGGUGUCGUCGACGCAAGUCCACCAAAUUUGGAAAGUACCCCGUUCUGGAAGUCAUUAUCGUUGCAGCCAUUACUGCUGUGAUAGCCUUCCCUAAUCCAUACACUAGGCUAAACACCAGCGAACUGAUCAAAGAGCUCUUUACAGACUGUGGCCCCCUGGAAUCCUCUUCUCUUUGUGACUACAGAAAUGACAUGAAUGCCAGUAAAAUUGUCGAUGACAUUCCUGAUCGUCCAGCAGGCAUUGGAGUAUAUUCAGCUAUAUGGCAGUUAUGCCUAGCACUCAUAUUUAAAAUCAUAAUGACAGUGUUCACUUUUGGUAUUAAGGUUCCAUCAGGCUUGUUCAUCCCCAGCAUGGCCAUCGGAGCGAUCGCAGGCAGGAUUGUGGGCAUUGCAGUGGAGCAGCUUGCCUACUAUCACCACGACUGGUUUAUCUUCAAGGAAUGGUGUGAGGUCGGGGCCGACUGCAUCACACCUGGCCUGUAUGCCAUGGUUGGUGCUGCCGCAUGCUUAGGUGGUGUGACAAGAAUGACUGUCUCCCUGGUGGUUAUUGUUUUUGAGCUUACUGGAGGUUUGGAAUAUAUUGUUCCCCUUAUGGCUGCAGUAAUGACCAGUAAAUGGGUUGGAGAUGCCUUUGGCAGGGAAGGCAUUUAUGAAGCACACAUCCGAUUAAAUGGAUACCCUUUCUUGGAUGCAAAAGAAGAAUUCACUCAUACCACCCUGGCUGCUGAUGUCAUGAGACCUCGAAGGAACGAUCCUCCCUUAGCUGUCCUGACACAGGACAAUAUGACAGUGGAUGAUAUAGAAAACAUGAUUAAUGAAACCAGCUACAAUGGAUUUCCUGUCAUCAUGUCAAAAGAAUCUCAGAGAUUAGUGGGAUUUGCCCUCAGAAGAGACCUGACAAUUGCAAUAGAAAGUGCCAGAAAAAAGCAAGAAGGUAUUGUUGGCAGUUCUCGGGUGUGCUUUGCACAGCACACCCCAUCUCUUCCAGCAGAAAGUCCUCGGCCAUUGAAGCUUCGAAGCAUUCUUGACAUGAGCCCUUUCACAGUGACAGACCACACCCCAAUGGAGAUUGUGGUGGAUAUUUUCCGAAAGCUGGGGCUGAGGCAGUGCCUUGUAACUCACAAUGGGAUUGUCUUGGGGAUCAUCACAAAGAAGAACAUAUUAGAGCAUCUCGAGCAACUAAAGCAGCACGUGGAGCCCUUGGCGCCUCCUUGGCAUUAUAACAAAAAAAGAUAUCCUCCGGCAUAUGGCUCAGACGGCAAACCAAGACCCCGCUUCAAUAAUGUUCAACUGAAUCUCAUAGACGAGGAGAGAGAAGAAACGGAAGAGGAAGUUUAUUUGCUGAAUAGCACAACUCUUUAACCUGAGGGAGUCGUCUACUUUUUUUUCCUCCUUUACAAAAAAAGAAAGGAAAUCUAAAAGCCGGGUUUUUGCAACAAGGUUUGCAAAUGAUGCUGGUGGAGUGGAGGAGUUGUUUGGGGAGGGAAAGGAGAGAAGGAAAGGAGUGAGGUACUUCCCGUCUAACCGAAAGCAGCAAAGCAACUCCUUGUUCUGCACUGGAUGCAUUGAGCCGAGGAUGUGCCAUGAUAGUGCAGGCUUGGCCUCACCAGAGAUGGCAGCGGAGUCCUUGCGCACCUGGCCCGUUGCUCCAACAUUGCAAAGACACAUUCUCAGUCCCUGUUUCUGGAGGGAUUACUUUGAAUUGAGCCAUCUAUAAAACUGCAAGGUCUUGCCCUUUUUUUUAUCAAAACUGUUGUGUUUCAUUCACGAAUUGUAUAGUUAAGCAUUACCUUUCUACAUUCCAGAAGAGCCUUUAUUUCUCUCUUUCUCUCCUGAGCUGUAACAAAGCCUCUUUAAAUCGAUGUCCCCUCUUGAAGCAGUCCUUUCUCAUAUUGAGAUGUACUGUGAUUUUACUGAGAUUUCCUCACAAGAAGGGAGUGUUUCUCGUGCCAUUAACCAUGUAGUUUGUACCAUCACUAAAUGCUUGGAACAGUACAUGUGCACCACAGCCAAGGCUGACCGAACAGGUAAAAUCUCGAAGGAAGCGUGAACGAAAUCGCUCAUCGCAUGCCAUGUGGUUCAAAACUGGAAGCAGGGAAGCUUGGUUUUGAAGGAUAAACAGUUUUCAUUUUGUUUUCAUCUCAGACUUUAUGGAUAAUGUGACCUGGUCUUAUGCAAAUUUUCUAUUUCUAAAACUACUAUGAUAUACAAAUGCUGUUCAGCAUAAUUAAACAAAAUGCUGCUGCUUUGAUAGUUAAGAGAAGGAAGUAUUCUGUUUAGCUGUAUCUGGUAUUAAUUGCAUGUUAAAACACUGGAAUUUUGUAAUUAAAUUGAAAUUAGAUCAGUCAUUCUUUUCUUUUCGCAAGAUAUCUCAUGGCUGACACUGAAGAAGAAAUGUAAUUCAUAACUUGCACUAAAUGUAUAUUUUUUUCUUAAAAAUUUACCAUUCUUAUUUAUAUUUUUAUGGAUUAAAAUUUAUAAAAUACAGAUCAGUUAAUAUUGCACUUAA